AUGCUUUGCCAGAUCCUCAGUCAGGCCAAGAAGCAUCUGAGCUUGAUUCCCCUCUUUGUAUUUAUUGAAGCUGGAAGUACUAGAGCAGCACUGUAUGUCUUGAGUCUGGCAUUGUUCACUCCAGAUGUUAGUUGGGACAGAAAGAAUAACCCAGAACCAUGGAACAAACUGGGUCCCGCUGAUCAAUACAAGUUCUACUCAGUGAAUGUGGAUUAUAGCAAACUGAGGUAA